GAGCCUUGGCAACGGGCCCUAGCAACGGCCCUUAGCAACGGUGAUUGACGGGCGCGUCCGGACCCCCUCCCCGGCUCCCCGGAGAGGACGAUGCUGAAGGCCAAGAUCCUCUUCGUAGGCCCCAGCGAGAGCGGGAAAACCAUUCUGGCCAACUUUCUGACCGACUCCUCGGAAAUAACGGAAUACCACCCGACGCAGGGAGUCAGGAUCUUGGAGUUUGAGAAUCCCCAGGUGACCAGCAAUAACAAAGGCACGAUGUGUGAAUUCCAGCUCUGGGACUGUGGAGGAGAUCGAAAGUUCGAGUCCUGCUGGCCGGCCCUCAUGAGGGACUCUCACGGCGUGGUGAUCGUCUUCAACGCGGACGUGCCCAGCCACCUGAAGGAGAUCGAGAUGUGGCACGCCUGCUUCGUCCAGCAGCAGAUGCUGCCCGACGCCCAGUGCCUCCUCAUCGCCCACCGCAAGCCCGGCUCCGGCCCCGGCCCCGGCUCCGGCGGGGAUAAGGGCAACGGGACCCCGUCGCUGGCUUCUCCGCUGAACAACCUGAAGCUCGUCCACUCGGACCUGGAGGAGGAGCCCGAAGAGAUCCGCACGGAAUUCACCAAGUACCUCAGGAGCGUCAUCAACUCCCUGUCCGAGUGCCAGGACAAGGAAGAGCUGGCCAUUAUCGCCUAACCCGGAAGGGCGGCUGACUCUAAGUUCCUUGUGCGCAGAGGACGAGUCUGCCAACUCUGUCGUCUCGUUCUCCCCCCCCGGUGCUCUUACUAAGCGCUCAAUAAAUACCACGGAUUGAUCGAUUGCCCGCGAACCUAGCCCGACCCCGGGGAACGUCCGCGUAGGCCGUCGACGCCGUCCUCUCACUUGGCCAUCUUCCCUCCCGGCCCAGGUGGAAAGGGAAAUCGGCUGCUGGAGGAGAGGAAGAGGAGAGGAAGAAAUCCCCCGACCCCCGAUCCCGGGAGCCUGCCGACCUAAAAGGUGGACGCCGCCCCGUCCGGUCUCAGUUGACCGUCAGAAAACUCAAAUGUCCAGUUUCCUUUCCCUUGGCGAAUCUCGGAGGGAGGGAUUUUUAACUGUUCUUAUCCCGGGGUCCGUUCCAGCAGUUGCAUCUCUGAGUUGUACGCCGUGUUGUCGCUUUGUGUUUCGGUUUGUUCUUUUUUUAAGUACACGAAAAACGGCCAUUAAACGGUUCAUUCAAACCCGC